UCUGUUUUUGCUGCAGUGAGCGGUAACCGUGGAGAGACAGCCCGCAAACACCAGGACGGACCCGAGGAGCGCGAGCAGCACAACCUGCACGAGUCCGAGGGAAAGUGGAUAAAAAGCAGACAGGAAGGAGCUGCGCGUCCGGGAGGGACUGAUCUUUACUGGAGACCAACCAAAACCCCACUCCCAAGGCGGGAUUUAACGGUGACACUCCAGAGCUCAUCUGCCCUCCUGAGCAUUCAGAGAGCCAGGCGGAUCCGUGCGCCCCCACCAUGGCCUUCCCAUCAGCCCCCUCUGCGCUAUGGAUCGUCAGCUUAUUGACUGUACUAUUCACAGCUGCGGUUCACAGCAACAUUGUCAACGACGACGACCCAUUGCAGCCGGUGACCUCAGAUGAAACGGUGUCUGUUGGGGACACAGUGACACUGACCUGCCGGGUGGCGGAGAGCGACAACUCCUCCCUGCAGUGGUCCAACACUGCACAACAGACUCUGUACUUUGGAGAGAAGAGAGCACUGAGAGAUAACCGCAUCCAGCUGUUCCGCUCAACGUCCACGGAGCUUUCCAUCAACAUUUCUGCAGUGCAGCUGUCUGACGAGGGCGAGUACACCUGCUCCAUCUUCACCAUGCCCGUCCGCACCGCCCGAGCGACUGUCACCGUGCUCGGUGUGCCUGGUAAACCUCAGAUUUCUGGGUUUGAAAACCCAGUGAGAGACGGAGAAACAGUCACCCUGACCUGCACCAGUACAGGCAGCAAGCCCCCCGCCAAGCUGCGCUGGUUCAAAGGAAGGGAGGAGGUGGAAGGGCGUCCAGAGGUGGUGGAGUCCGUUCCAGACGACCUCACAUACAACGUGAGCCGCCAGCUCACCCUGGAGGUGAGCUCCGGAGACGACAACAUCCCCAUCACCUGCGCAGUUGACCACCCCUCUCUGGCCCCGGGGGACAAGCGGAGCGAGCAGGCCCUGCGGGUGUUGUAUUCCCCCGAGGUUCAUAUCAGUCCGGACGAGAUGCUGCCGAUAGAGGGGCAGAAGUUUUCUCUUCGGUGUUUGGGCAAAGGCAACCCGGAACCUGCUGACUACUCCUGGGAGAGGAGGGAUGGAGAGCUCCCCCAGCUGUCCAAAGCCGACGGUGCCGUCCUGUCCUUUUUGAUGCUCAACAAAUCAGACAACGGGUUCUACGUGUGCCACGCUGACAAUGGCAUCGGGAAAGGCAUGGGGGAGUACAUGCUGCAGGUGCAAGAUCCUAUCGACCCAGACUCCUCAGACUUCACCUCCUCCCCUUCUCUUGAUUCUCCAACCUCCUCAUCUUUCCCUCCUUCAACCUUUCUUCUGUCCUCCUCCCCUCCUGACAUCUUCCAAGGCUCAGGGUCAGGACUCACUGACUACAUCCCCACCUCCUCCUCCCCCGACUCAAUCCCUCCAACAACUGUCUCCCCAACCACCAUAAGUUCCUCCUCCACCACCACCCUCUCCAACGCCCUCUUCCCUGACCUCCCCGAAUCCUCUGAUAUUCCUACUUCUUUCUCCCCACGCGUCCCCCCUUCACCUGCCACUCCUUCCCCAUCGUCCCUCACACCCUCAGUUUCCGUCCAGCUGAAUGGAGUUUACACUGUCACAGAUGAUGCACGCAACUUAACAGACACAACAGCGAUGUCGACAUCUUCGGGGGUGGACCACGCCGUGAUCGGAGGGGUGGUGGCGGUUAUCGUCUUCAUCCUGCUUUGCCUCCUCAUCGUCCUCGGCAGAUACCUCAUCAGACACAAAGGAACGUAUCUGACCCACGAGGCCAAGGGCUCGGAUGACGCCCCUGACGCCGACACAGCCAUCAUCAACGCAGAGGGAGGCCACUCUGGAGCAGAGGACAAGAAGGAGUACUUCAUCUAGCUGGAGGGCAGAGUGGUGGAGGAAAGGAAUGAGGAGGAAGUUUUAAAAGAUAUGGCUGAAGAAGAGAAGGAAGAAAACCUCCAUUUGUUUUCACGACGCUUCAGUUCCUCACUUUCCAGGGAGAGUCGAAGGGGGAAGGGAG